AUGAGCUCCUCUAAGAAUUGUCUAUCUGGCUACUAUAGGGCGCUUGCCCUUCGCCCGCAGCGGGGCAGCUUACUUGCUACUCUGAAGCCAUGUUGCCCUACCUCUACGUUGAGAUCAACACCAGUGUUUGAACAUGGAGAUCGUUCAACACAUACUUUGACUGCUACAAGCCUUCGGAGCCUUACCCGUCCGCGCCCGCUGUCCCUGCAGAAGCAUGUCUCGCAGGUUACGGCUGUUGCGCGAUAUGCAUCCGGGCAGGCAUCGGAGCCGCACGACGAGGAGCUACCUAGCACCCCGCCAUUCACCGCAGGCCCGUAUUCCAACCUCACUAUUGGAGUACCCAAGGAAAGCUAUCCUGGCGAGAGGCGGGUAGCAAUUACGCCACAGAACGUUAAGCUUCUACUCAAGAAAGGCUUCUCUCGCAUCUUGAUUGAGCGUGGCGCUGGCAGUGCUGGUAGCUUUACCGACGAAGCGUACGAGCAAGCUGGAGCACAAACUGUGGAUCGCAGGAAUGUUUUCUCUGAAAGUGACAUCCUGCUCAAGGUCCGAGCCCUCAGUAUUGAUGGAGAAGAUAGUGAAGUCGACGCUAUUCGAGAGGGCGCCACUGUCAUAUCCAUGCUCUACCCGAUGCAGAAUAAGCCGACUGUCGAGCGAAUCGCAUCGCGGAAGGCCACUACAUUUGCCAUGGAUAUGAUACCACGCAUUUCUCGAGCGCAAGUUUUCGAUGCAUUGUCGUCUAUGGCGAACAUUGCUGGUUACAAGGCCGUCUUGGAAGCUUCUAAUCACUUCGGACGUUUUUUGACUGGACAAGUAACUGCUGCUGGAAAGAUACCUCCCUGUAAAGUUCUUGUCAUUGGCGCAGGCGUUGCAGGUCUGAGUGCGAUUGCAACGGCUCGACGUAUGGGUGCCAUCGUCCGUGGUUUCGACACGCGCUCUGCAGCACGUGAGCAAGUCCAGUCUCUAGGUGCAGAAUUCAUCGAGGUCGACAUCUCGGAAGACGGUUCUGGAGCUGGCGGCUAUGCUAAAGUCAUGUCCAAGGAGUUCAUCGAGGCAGAGAUGAAGCUAUUCUAUGAACAGUGCCGAGAGGUCGACAUCGUCAUCACCACAGCCUUGAUUCCUGGCAAGCCCGCACCAAAACUAAUCACCAAGGCCAUGCUCGGCGCGAUGAGACCGGGUUCCGUUGUCGUGGAUCUAGCGGCAGAAGCUGGAGGUAACUGUGAAGCUACAGUACCUGGAAAACUGGUGGAUUACAAGGGGGUGUCCGUCAUUGGAUACACUGAUCUUCCAUCCCGUCUACCAACCCAGUCGUCAACUCUCUACUCAAACAACGUUAUCAAGUUCCUGCUUUCGCUGACCCCAAAGGACAAAAGGGAGAAGUACUAUGAUGUUGAUCUUACCGACGAAGUCACUCGCGGCGCUAUUGUCACGUACAACGGCAAGAUCCUUCCUCCAGCUCCACGUCCGGCUCCUCCGCCAGUCCAAGCCAAUCCUUCACCAUCGCCUGCAGAUCAGGUUGCAAAUGUCGUCGCGCUAACACCAUGGCAGAUUCAGUCUCGGCAAGUAGCUAGCGUCACGGCUGGCAUGACUGCUGCUCUGACUUUGGGUAAAUUCACAGGUCCAUUGUUCAUGUCUAACGCCUUUACGUUCGCCCUAGCCAGUUUGAUCGGAUACCGAGUGGUCUGGGGUGUUGCGCCCGCCUUGCACUCUCCGCUGAUGAGUGUGACGAAUGCCAUCUCUGGUAUCAUAGGUGUUGGCGGGUUAUAUGCUAUGGGUGGUGGCUAUAUGCCCGAAACCAUCCCACAAACGCUUGGAGCCUUGUCGGUUUUGUUGGCCUUCGUCAACAUAUCGGGAGGGUUCGUCAUCUCGAAAAGGAUGCUGGAUAUGUUCAGACGGCCUACUGACCCAAGGGAAUACCCCUGGCUAUAUGCAGUCCCUGCAGCUCUCUUUGGCGGCGGAUUUAUCGCAGCAGCUUCUACCGGUAUGGCAGGUCUAGUCCAAGCAGGCUACCUUGUCAGUAGUAUACUCUGCAUGACUUCGUUAUCAGGACUCGCUUCGCAGAGUACCGCUCGUCGCGGUAACUUCUUGGGUAUACUCGGUGUGUUUUCUGGAUUCCUCGCAUCUUUAGCCGCUGUUGGUUUCACUUCCGAUGUUCUCACCCAAUUCGCCGGUCUCGCUACAGUAGGUACCGUGGCUGGGCUAAUGAUCGGUCGGAGGAUUACGCCUACUUCACUACCUCAGACAGUUGCUGCGCUACAUUCUGUUGUCGGUCUCGCCGCUGUACUCACAAGUAUCGGUAGCGUUCUGGGUCACUCCGGAGACAUUUCGACCCUGCAUAUGGUUUCCGCCUACCUUGGUGUUCUCAUUGGCGGUGUAACAUUCACUGGAUCCAUUGUUGCCUUUCUGAAGUUAGCUGCAAAGAUGAGCUCGAAGCCUCUGGCGCUGCCCGGUCGGCAUCUCAUCAAUAGUACAUUACUUGGGGCGAAUGUAGCAACAAUGGGUGCGUUCUUGACCUACGCACCAGGCGCACCUCUUAUCGGCGCUGCAUGCCUUCUCGGCAACGCAGCACUCUCCUUCGUCAAAGGUUAUACGACCACUGCCGCCAUCGGUGGAGCAGACAUGCCCGUCGUCAUCACUGUCCUGAAUGCAUAUUCUGGCUUUGCUUUAGUGGCUGAGGGUUUCAUGCUAGACAACCCUUUGCUCACAACGGUCGGCGCUCUGAUCGGAGUAUCGGGUUCAAUUCUAUCCUACAUCAUGUGUGUAGCCAUGAAUCGGUCACUUACCAACGUCCUCUUUGGCGGUAUAGCUCCCACGGCACAAGCCCAGUCCAAGAUCGAGGGCGAGAUAACGAAGACGACAUCUGAAGAAACGGCCGAAGCUCUUGUUAACGCAGAGAGCGUCAUUAUUGUAGUCGGUUACGGCAUGGCUGUAUCAAAAGCACAAUACGCGCUCGCAGACUUUGUGAAAAGCCUACGAUCCAAGGGCAUCAAUGUGCGCUUCGCUAUCCACCCAGUCGCAGGUCGCAUGCCAGGACAGUGCAACGUCCUUCUAGCUGAGGCAUCCGUUCCGUAUGAUAUUGUACUUGAGAUGGAUGAGAUCAACGACGACUUCCCAGACACGGACGUAACUCUCGUUAUCGGUGCGAACGAUACAGUGAACCCCAUUGCGCUGGAACCUGGUAGUGCAAUUGCAGGUAUGCCGGUGCUGCACGCAUGGAAGAGCAAGCAGGUUGUCAUCAUGAAGAGGGGUAUGGCAAGUGGAUACGCCGAUGUGCCGAACCCGAUGUUCUUUAUGGAGAAUACAAAGAUGUUGUUCGGCGAUGCUAAUGAGAGCUGCAACGCUAUCAAACGCGCGCUUGAGGAGAAGAUCAAGGGGUUAUAG